AUGCCAAUAUCUUCACCCAUCCUCAUGGCCUAUCCGGGUCCCCCUCGAAGAGCUAGAGGAUUCAUUCGAUAUAUACUUGGUGCAUUGGGGAUCCUCCUACUUGUAUUCUAUUUCAGAAGCUCGGCAGAAACAUCAUCAUUCAAAUAUAUGACCCCCACGGUAUCCGAUCCUUCCACAACAAAUCACCCCUCGAAAACAUAUUCGGAACUUCCUUCCAAUAACGAGUUACCUAUUUCCAUUCCAAAACAGAAACUGGAACAUCCUAUCGAUACCUUGAUUGCAAAUGCAGAAAAGACUUUCGAAGAUUUAUUACAAAAUGAAAGCCACGAUGUGAAUGCCGCCGCUGCAGAAUAUCGCAAACGAAGAGGAAGACAUCCACCACCGGGAUUUGAUGCAUGGUUUAAAUUCGCUCAAGAACAUGACGCUGUCAUGGUGGAGGAAUUCUUUGAUCAAAUAUAUCAUGAUUUAGGUCCAUAUUGGGGAGUUACUCCCGCGAGAAUGCGAACACAAGCUAGAGAUGCCGGUAUGGUUAUUAGUAUUCGAAAUGGGAAUGCGACGGCAGAUAGCGAUUGGUUCUGGACACAAAUUUGGUUGCAAUUGAUCGGGACGAUACAAAAGGAUUUGCCAGAUAUGGAUAUUCCUCUCAAUGCCAUGGACGAGCCAAGGAUAAUUGCUCCAUGGGAGUUGAUUAAUGAAAACAUGGAGGUUGAACGGGCUACUCGAAAACUCGCAGAUGUCAGUGAAGUAUCUGAGGAUUAUGGAAGUCUACCAGCUCCACGACGUUCUGGUGAUGGAGAGGAAGACCCACCAAAAAGAGAAUGGGAGGAGUCAGGUCCAUACUGGGAAAUUGCGGCCAGAGGUUGUCAUCCAGAUAGUCUUGCACGUCGAGCUGAAGUUAUGACCGACUUUUCGAAAACACCUGCGAUUUCCAUGGGACAUUCUUCUUUGCAUACUUACAAAGGUUAUGUCUCAAAUUAUAGUCUGUCCGCGGAUUUCUGUCAUCAACCUGACAUGCAAUCCCUUCAUGGAAUGAUGAUUAAUCCUCUCUCCAUCUCUUCCACGAAAGAAUUGUUCCCUCUUUUCGGUGGUUCCAAACUUCCCACCAAUAACGAAAUCUUAUUGCCCGCGCCAAUGUACUGGGCAAAAGAGGAAAGGUUUUCAGGUGGUGAUGAUCAUGGAGCUCCUUGGCAUGAGAAAUUGAAUAAGGUCAUCUGGAGAGGUGUUGCAACUGGAGGACGAAACAAAGAAGAUAAUUGGAAAGGUUUCCAACGCCAUCGCUUCGUCUCCAUGACAAAUCAUACAUCAGUUUCACGAGCUGAAUCUUGGGAGGCAAUCCCUCCGAAUUUCGCACUUCCCACCUCCAUUUACAACAUCGGCGCACAACAAGAAAAUAGACUUGGGGAAUGGGUCAGUGAAUGGUCAAAUGUUGGAUUUAUCGAGUUGAUGUGUACUGGUGAUCGACAGGAUGGGACAUGUCCUUAUACGGAUCCUUAUUUUUCUAUCAAGGAAGGUCAAAAGAUGUCUCAACAAUUCAACAACAAAUACAUUCCUGAUAUCGAUGGCAAUUCUUUCUCUGGUCGUUAUCGUGGAUUCUUACUCUCUUCUUCCUUACCAAUCAAGGCAACAAUUUUUCGGGAAUGGCAUGACUCCCGUUUAAUUCCAUGGAAACAUUUCGUCCCGAUGGAUAAUCGUUACAUGGACUUUUAUGGUAUCAUGCAAUACUUCCUUGGAUAUGAAGGGGAUAACUUCAGAAUUGAAGGUCAUGAUGCGGAAGCUGAGAAGAUAGCAUUGGCGGGUCAAGAAUGGGCGAAUAAAGUAUUAAGGAGAGAUGAUAUGCAGAUUUAUGUGUUGAGGUUAUUGUUGGAGUAUGCACGAGUAUCAAACGAUAACAGAGCAAAUCUGGGAUUUGUAAAGGAUCUGUCUUAA